AAGCUUUGAAGAUUACAAUGUGUCAAGGCGGGCCACAUUUUUGGGUGCUAAGUUAAACAACGGAAGGUUUUUAGAUUGGUUGCGGCUUCUAGCACCUGACUGUCCUGUACACAAGUUAAAAUCAUUCAGUGUGGAGAUGUUACUGUACUUAGCGAAGGAGACGGUUGCUCAGCUUGUAGACCUUGCACUGCUGCUACGGCGAGAUGCGUCUGUGUCUCCACUGGACCCUUACAGUCGAGCGCACCGCACUACACUCUCAUUCGAGACCUUCGGUACCUCUCAGCGACAGCUGGAAGGAUCCCCACCAAUCACUCCCGGUGAAGUGAGGGAAGUGUUGAGAAGAUAUUACUCUACCCAACUCCAUCCUUGGGGAACCUUCACGUGCAACCUAGACACUGCCGUCUUCAACAAGAUCCUGGCCUGUUGACACAUGAUUGUUAACCUUUAUUUUAUACCUUCUACCUUCAUGAACCAGUGUAAAUAUUGUAAACAAUUAUUUAAAGUAUUUUACUAUGA